AUGGCGCCUCAUACCAUUAAGCAGAAGGCUGUCUCGUAUUUGGAAUCAUACAUCGAUCUUGCUAUUCAGAAUGGCACAUCUGUGCCUGACCUACCGUGUGCUCUCGUCCACGUUGUAGAUGCUCAGAACAAUGUGCUUUUCUCCCAUGGCAAUGCUUCAGGAAAACGACCUACACCGAGCUCUAUGGCCAUCAUUCAGUCUCUUACCAAGAUUGUCGGCGCGAUGGCUUACAUGCAGCUCGUCGAAAACGGCCUCGUGACCCUCGACGACCCCGCCACCAUCAAUACCUGGUUACCUGAACUCGCCGCCAAACAGGUAUUGACUGGCUAUGAAAUUGAUGCUGAGACAGGGAAGAAAUUAUGGCAGUUCGAAGAUCGAAGGGGCGAUAUAACGGCAAGGAUGCUGAUGAAUCAUACAUACGGCGGUGGGCACACCUAUUUCAAUAAGCUGUUAUUGGAGUACAUACAAGACCUCGGCGAAGGAGUCUGGGAAACAACAAACGAAGCGACAAGCCCUUACGGGAUACUCCUUGCAAGCCCUCUGUUAUGGCAACCAGGCACACAUACAAACUACGGCCAAGGUCUCGACUGGAUCGCCGUACUCAUCGAACGCGUCACCAAGCAAUCCCUCCACUCCUACCUCCAAAAGAACAUCUUCGAUCCACUUGGCCUAAAGGAAAUCGGUUUCGAACCAGCAUACGGUGGAGACGUCACAUCGUCUCCACACAACACUGGCAAAUUCUGGCCUAGGACGUUGCGAAACGGCGAAGAGUUCAUCACUAUUGAUCCGCCGGAACCUGAGAUUGUAAGAAGGCUGGAUGCAUUCCCCGAGGGCGGUUAUCAUACUGGUUGCCUAGGAACGGGUUUAGUCGCUAGUGCAGGAGACUACACACACCUCCUUACUAUCCUACUUCCACAGAACGCUGGAGUGGAUCCCAUCAGUGGCCGUCGAAUACUCUCUGCCGGAAGCGUAAUGGAGAUUUGUCGUCCGCAGCUGCCUGAAGCUCUUCGCAAUGACUCCCGCUGUUUGCAAGACUCGGGUGCGUCUCCUAUUAUUAUUCCUGUAGAUCUCUCUGUACCAUUCCUGGAUCCGCAAGGCAGCUUUGGUCUGGGAUGCGGUGUCCAGGGCGCGGAUCGAGUAUUUGAUAAUGGGAAAGGGGGAAGAAGCAAUGGGAGUGUGUAUUGGUAUGGUGCGACGAAUGUUGAGUUUUGGGUUGACAAGGAAAAGGAGAUUGUGGUGGCAGUGUGGGGGAAUUAUUACCCUUUCUGUGAGAAGGCUUGGAUGGACUUUGUUGCGGGUGUGGAGGGGCUUUUGUAUGAGGGGUUGGAGAGGAGAUAG